CGCUCGGAGGGAUUCCGUGCCGCCGUCGCGGCCGCCGCGCGGGGUUUCUUCAGGCUCCAGGUUUCCCUGCCAACCACGAGGAGUCGAGCGGGGGGAGGAAAAGCGGCGCCUGGGUGAACCCCCCACACCUCCCGCGUCGCUUCCAGCCCGAGAUCGCCCCGGAAGGGAUGGGCGACAACACCUGGCUGCCCUGCCCGGUGCUCCUCCUGGCCGGUCUGCUCCCAGCGCUGCUGCCGGGGACCGCCAGCUUCACGCCCUCCUUGGACAGCGACUUCACGUUCACCCUUCCGGCCGGCCAGAAGGAGUGCUUCUACCAGCCCAUGCCCCCGAAGGCCUCGCUGGAGAUCGAGUACCAAGUUUUAGAUGGAGCAGGAUUAGAUAUUGACUUCCAUCUUGCCUCUCCAGAGGGAAGAACCUUAGUUUUUGAACAAAGAAAAUCAGAUGGAGUUCACACGGUAGAGACUGAAGAUGGUGACUACAUGUUCUGCUUUGAUAAUACAUUCAGCACCAUUUCUGAGAAGGUGAUUUUCUUUGAAUUAAUCCUGGAUAAUAUGGGAGAACAGGAGCAAGAGCAAGAGGACUGGAAGAAAUAUAUUACUGGCACAGACAUGUUGGACAUGAAACUGGAAGACAUUCUGGAAUCCAUCAACAGUAUCAAGGCCAGACUAAGCAAAAGUGGCCAUAUCCAGACUCUGCUUAGAGCAUUUGAAGCCCGUGAUCGAAACAUACAAGAAAGCAACUUUGAUAGAGUCAACUUCUGGUCUAUGGUUAACUUAGUGGUAAUGGUGGUGGUGUCAGCCAUUCAAGUUUAUAUGCUAAAGAGUCUAUUUGAAGAUAAGAGGAAAAGUAGAACUUAAAACUUUAAAGUACUUAACAUUGAAAAAAAAAAGAGAGAGAGACAGAAAAAUGCAAUACACUGUUAUAAUCAAGACCAAUAGUCUUUUCUAAAAAUGUUUUCAGGCAUUACCACAGUGUGAAACAAGUAUAAUUUUAAGGUGAAAGGAGUCUUCGCUUUCGUCUGUGCAAGUAAUCUUAUUGCUUCAGUUGUACUUAAGUGUAUAACAGAAAUAUUUUGCAGAACAUAGGUAUAAUUGAAUGAAACCAUAUUAAUCAGCAUUUUCAUAAGUUUGAAAAAAUUUUCCAGCUGUCAUAGGUGAUUUAAAUAAAUGAACUUUGGUCCUAAAUGCAACACCAAUAAUGUUUUUAAAAGAUUCUCUUACCUAGAAGUUUCUUUGUAAAGGUGGCAAUUAUAAAUUUAUUGUAUAAUUUUUCAAUAUAUUAAGUUCCAAAUCCUCUGGAAAUUACUUAAUCAUGGAUUGGAUAUAUCUUCAGAAGACAAAAACUCAACUUUUCUUUUCUUUUUACAUAUGUAUCUCUCCUGUUAUGUAAAUAGAAGCAUAGCUGUGAAAAACAGAUUUGUGAGAUUUCUAUAACCAAAUAUAUUUCAAUUUAAAAUAUUAGCAAAAAGUAUUGUGUACUUAGCUUAGAUUCCCCAAAGGCCAACAUUUUGAUAAUUCUUAAAAAUGCUUAAUUGUUACUAUAAUUCAACAGAUUUUCUCUUUGAAAUUAAAUAGCUAAAGGUUGUUCAGGUUCCAUAAGGACACAUUUUGUCUAGUCCUUAAGUAAGACGUAGAAUUUUGAAAUUAAAUGUGAGGGAAAAUAAUUUUAUUUUUAUAUUACUAUCAGCAGUGUUAUGUUAGUUUUAACAUCAUUACUGACUUGGAUGAUACAUUACCAGCAGUUGUGAAGAAAAUAUUGCUUAAAAAUCUGGGCUUUACAUAAAUAAGUAUCUCCUUUUCUGAGUUCUCAAAAUCAACAAGAACAAAAAACUAACAAAAGCAAUAAAAAAGAAUUAAGGUAAACCUGAGAAUAUCUGAUCAAAAUUAAGUUUACUUAAUAAACUCUAAGUAUCUGGAAUCUGAUUGAUUCAUAAUAAUGACCCAAUCCUAAUAUCAUGAGACUAAAUUCUAGAUAAUUGAAGAAACUGUACUUGGCUAGGAUUUUAUUUUUUAUAGUUUUAUUCUGUUUUGAAUUGUCUUUUAUUAAGUAUUCAGGUACAUUUUAUAAAACAAACUCUACUGUAAGGUUUAGCACUGGGUACAUACUUUACAAUUGUUAUUAUAACUGAUUAAAUGACCUUUCUAAUCACUUUAUUUAUUGACAUUCAAGUAAGUAUUGAAAACCCACAGAAUCCCAAAUAUAAAGUCAAUAUGUGAAUAAACCUGUGUAAAGUCUGUGCCAUCCUUGCUUAUUGCAGUCUGUGGAGUAUUAUUCAAAUACUAGUAAUUUAGCUACAUCAGGAAUUAAAUAAAAUUUUAGGUUAUACACAUUUGUAAUAUUGUUUAAGACAAAUAUGAUUUAGAAACAAUUUAAAAAUUUGAGCAUAGUACAUUAGUACUGCUGGAAUUCUUAAUAAGCAAUGAUAUUGAGAGAAUGGUUUCAUUUAUUAAUUUACAGUCAGAGUGGCACAAAAAGAGAUUUCCCUCCUCCUUAUGCCCUUGGGAAAACAAAGGUUAGAUAUCCCUACUCUGAAGCUCUUUAAAACUGACCUGAAUGCCAUAUAUAACUGAUUACCUUAACUGGCCAAGAAAAUGUUUAAUUAAGUGUCCAGGAGUGCCUAUAAUAUAUGCAUUCAUUAUAAGGACCAAUAAUCGCCUAUGAAGAGACCUUCCCCCACCUCCUCCUGUUAAACUAAUCAUGAGAAGCAAACUUACCAUACUAGAAUAAAACAGUACAAAUAUAAACUACUGCAUCUUUUCUAAAAAACUGUGAUUAAGAAUUCUACCUCUGGCUGGUUACUGUACUGUACUGAUUCCUUACCAAUGAAUUCAUUACUUUAUCUACAGAUGAUUUAUGCCACUGAUUUUAAACUUGUGAUUCAGUAAUGUCUUACCUUAUAAUGGCCUUAUAUGGAAAACAAAGAAUUUAGGAAUAUUGAGGACAAUUUUAUUUUUCUAGGAACAAAAUGAAGAGUGGGAAUGCGAAGAAUGUUACUUGUAUUAAGCAAAAAAAGCAUAAUUAGUGAGCAAAGAACUAAAUUCUUUAAUAUUUCUAAAGAUAUUAAUCUGCUUCAUGGCUUUUUAAAUGCCAGUAUUCAAUUUUGAAAGUAAAAUUAUGCUAAAAUUAAUCUACUUACCACUUAAUGGCUGAUUUUGUCUUUGGUUUUUAGUUACAUAAACUCUUAAAAUACAGUAUUUAAAGCCUAGGAUUUUACUAAUUUGCAUUUGGGUUGUUAAUGAUGUCUAUUCUUUGAUGUGAAUGUUAAGGUAAAGAAGGUAAAUAACGGUUGAAAACAGCAUGGAAAUAAAUUACAAACUGAAAUGUAAUUUUAUGUUACGUAUGUUUAUCCUUCGUAAGCAUUGCUAUUAUGUCUUAAAAUUAACAAAAAUCGAAUACAUAGAAUUGUAAGCAUCCCCAAAUAAUUCUUUAUCUUAAAUUUCUUUAAAAAAUGACUCAGCAUGUAAUAACUUUUCAUUUUAAAUAUCACAUCAGUGUUGCUCAAAUUGCUUUAGAGUUCUGAAUGGCCAUAUUAAAUGAGCAAUGAAUACUGUUCUGAAUAUAUAUAAUAAAAAUCACAAUCAAAGAAA